ACGCAGAUAUUUCAGCUUGGUGGUUCGUCAACCUCAUGGAGGGACCCGUUCCGUCCCUCUCUCUCAUAUUCGCCCGCUCCUCUCCCCCAUCCAAUCAGCGAGAGACAUACGCCAGCGAGCGAGCGGCAGCCGGAGGAGGCGAGGCGAGGGAUGGCGCGGCGCGGGCCGGUUGAGCUGCGGCGGAUCGAGGACCGGACGAGCCGGCAGGUGCGCUUCUCCAAGCGCCGCUCGGGCCUCUUCAAGAAGGCCUUCGAGUUCGGCCUCCUCUACGACGCCGAGGUCGCGCUGCUCGUCUUCUCCCCCGCCGGCAGGCUUUACGAGUAUGCCUCCUCCAGCAUAGAAGAUACAUACGACCGCUAUCAGGCAUUUGGAGGAGCCGGAAAGAACCUGAAUGAAGGCGGUGCAAGCACCAACAAUGGGGGAGAUCCUUCAAAUAUGCAGUCAAGGCUGAAAGAGAUUGCUUCCUGGUCUCUUCAAAACAAUGCUGAUGACGCAGAUGCUAAUGAGCUAGAGAAACUAGAGAAACUACUCACAGAUGCUUUGGAGAAUAUAAAAUCCAAGAAGAUGUUGGCGCAACGAAACAGCGGCGCUAGCGGCGGGAACUCCACCAUCAGUCCCAGGGAACAGGAGGAAGGAAGGAGCUGAGCAGUCUAUAUGUAAUGCAUGUACUCCCUCCGUACCAAAAUAAGUGUCUCAAGCUUAGUACAAUUUUGUACUCCCUCUGUCCUAUAAUGUAAGACGUUUUUGCAAACUAACAUAGCUUGCAAAAACGUCUUACAUUAUGGAACGGAGGGAGUACUAAAGUUAUUACAAAGUUAAGACACUUAUUUUGAGACGGAGGGAGUAUUUGCUGAUGCCACACUGCUGCCUUGCCUUGUGCUUUUCAUAUCAGUCUGUUGUCAGUCUUCACUGCUGCUAUGUCAUACGCAGUUGCUCGAGAAAUAAGUUUGAGCUCUUUUA